AUGAAGCUUGAGUAUAUGGAUUACAUACUGGUGCCAUUAGGGAUGAGUUUGAUGGUAUUCUAUCAUCUCUGGCUUCUCCAUCGCAUCAUCCACCGUCCGUAUUCCACUGUCAUUGGACUCAACGCCUUUAACCGCCGCCUCUGGGUCCAAGCCAUGAUAAAGGAUUCAUCAAAGAACCGCGUUUUAGCGGUUCAAACUUUAAGAAACAACAUAAUGGCGUCAACUCUAUUGGCAUCAACCGCGAUAAUGUUGUGUUCACUAAUCGCUAUACUAAUGACCAGCGGUACAGAAGAGCGAUCAGUCUGGUUUGUGUUUGGAGACAAAAGCGACCGAGCCUUAUCUAUCAAGUUUUUCUCAAUCCUCGUUUGCUUCUUAGUGGCGUUUCUUCUAAACGUCCAAUCAAUCCGUUAUUACAGCCAUGCAAGCAUCCUCAUCAAUGUCCCUUUCAAAAAGCUCAUGGCUGUUUCUUCAGGUUGUCAUAGCCUUAUGAUAAACCAAGAUUAUGUGGCUUCAACGGUUAGCCGUGGAAGCUACUUCUGGUCGUUAGGACUAAGAGCGUUCUACUUCUCGUUGCCUUUGUUCCUAUGGAUAUUUGGUCCGGUUCCGAUGUUCAUAACUUGCUGCGUUCUUGUUACUUUGUUGUACUUUCUUGAUUUAACAUUCGACCCGAUGGAUUGUAGCGUUGGGGCCGUGGACGAGGAGGAGACUGAUAUUAGAAGCUUAGCUGAAAAUGUGUAG